AUGGAAUGGUUCAGGCCACUUCCCCAGCUUACAGGUGACAACUACACAUACUGGAAGGCUCGAACAAAAACUCAACUUAAAGCUCAAGGAGAUCAGAUUUGGCGGGCGGUACUGACUGGUUGGACGCCACCUACAAAACCUGGAGAAAAAGACGGUGAUCCACCAGUGAUAAAACCUGAAACCGAGAGAACUCAAGUUGAAAUUACCACUGCUGGAUAUAAUGAUAAGGCUCUUGACACAAUCUAUUCCUUAAUGCAUGACUAUCAAUUUUCGUUGGUUACAGGUAUUGAUUGUGCAAAAACUGCGUGGAAAAUACUCGAAACCACCUAUGAAGGUACGUGUUCAGUCAAACAGUCAAAGCUUCAGCUGGUAAAGACUGAAUUUGAAGAACUACGUAUGAACGAUGACAAAGAUAUUGCGAGUUUUCACGAACGCAUACAAGAGUUAGCUAAUCGAGCAACAAUUCUUGGAAAACCUUUCUCCCAACAAAAACUUGUCAAAAAAAUCCUAAGAUCUUUACCUCCGAGAUUCAGGAUGAAGGUAACCGCUAUUCAAGAACAUGAUGGCUGGGAGAACAAAUCAGUGGCUCAACUAAUGGGCAAUCUUCGAACCUACGAAAUGGAAAUUCUUACUGAUCACACCAAAAAUCAAAAGACAGUUGCAUUUGUCGCUGAAGAACAUGAUGAUACCGCUAACCCAGACGAAUCAGGUGAUGAUCCAGUUACAUUUUUAACUAAACAAUUUUCUAAUUUUUUGAAACAAAUAUCUCAGAAGAAUUCACAAAACAAAAAAUUUCAAAAAGGAGCAAGCUCAAACAUGUCGAAAACUGAUACAAAAACUAGCAUGUCAAACUCAAAACCUGCUGCCUCACGUCCAGCCCGCUCCAGGGAAAAAUCAAACAACAAAGGAAUAAAAUGUUACGAGUGUGAGGGAUUUGGUCAUGUUCAAGCUGAAUGUCCAACUUAUCUUAGGCGAAAGAAGUCCAUGACAGCCACAACUUGGAGUGAUGACGAACCUGAAUCAGAAGCUGCUGGCUCUGCGCAGAAGAAAUGUUCGUGGGAAGCAUUACUUAAAGCAAAUCGUAUAGUGUCUAGUGAAGUUAGAGUAUUGCAAAAUGCUGUAAACGUGUUCAAAGGUCAAGUAGCAGAUAGGGACGCAUUAAUUAAAGAAUACACUGACCGAGAAGACAAACUGAAACAGGAAGUCAAGGAACUGAAGCUGGAACUGAGUUACGAGGACACAUCAGACCUGAGUGUUAUUACUUCUAAAAAGAACAAAGGGCCAAAAAAUAUAGCCAUAAGUAGGGAUGAAAAAUGGUACUUCGACAGCGGUUGCUCACGUCACAUGACUGGAAACACAAAAUUUCUAAGUGACAUAAACACAAGCAACGGUGAAGUAACUUUUGGUGAUGGAGUCAAAGGACAAGUAACCGGAGUAGGUACUCUAAAUGUUGCAGGUCUACCGAAGUUGAAAAAGGUGCUACUGGUAAACGGACUCCAUGCCAACCUCAUAAGCAUUAGCCAACUUUGCGACCAAAACUGGAAUGUUAGCUUCACCAAAGACAACUGUAGUGUUAUGGAUAAUGAAAAACAAUGUGUUAUGGAAGGUUCAUGUGGCAAAAAAUUUCGUAAAAAGCAAAAAGGAACUAUUAUGGAGCUAUUCUCUCUAUUUCAUCGUCAAGCAAAAGUUAUCUGUGGAUAUUAUUGGAUAUCGGAUUAUCUUUUUGGUUGA